GUUCAGUACCGGUGUUUUUAAGGAGAUAGGACACAAACAAACAAAGACGUUAAAAAGAACAUUUUAUCCUACAAGACUAUAAAUAAAAAUUACAGUCUGUGAUCCCACAAACUGUGUUUACUUCAAGGUAGGGGAGAUCACCACAUAACUUUAACGGCAGCAGACGAGAGCGUCACAGUCGACGGGUGCUGACUCAGGUGGGUGGACGAAUCCGGAAAGGAGGAAAGCUCUCGGUGGUUUCGGCUCAAGCUAUGAAAUCAAAAGCCGUUUGGUGACGUGCGUUUUGAUCAAAGGUGAUUGGCAGGGUAAGCGCGGGCUAGUCAUCGCGGAUUCCCAGAGUAGCAGCACGGCUGUCACUCAAGCAAGAUGGCUCGAUCAUCAACUAGCCGGGACGACGAUGCUAUAGAAUUGGGAGUGGUACGUUCGCAGCUGGAAACGAAUUUCAAGCCUAUUUUUGAUAGGCAUGACAGCAGGGGACUGCCUAUUGCUGACCUUCGUGCUGAGCUUGAGGAUGAAGGACUUCUCAGUUUUAUGCCACGAGCACGAAUGGAUGAACUUCUGGAAAAAGCCAACACUGAUGGUGACCAGUUCAUCACCUACAAGGAAUUUUCUCAAAUGAUGACAAGAGACUUGACUGCAGCUGAAAGAUCCAGAUUUCAAUCAGUCAUUCGAGCAGCUAUUAAGGACAUUAUACCCGUUCGAAUGCGGGAGGACUUCCUUGCUAAUUACACCUGCUGCCCUCCACCCCUUUUUAUUCCAUUCAUCAGCAUUGCAGAGAUAGUUGUGUUCUUGAUAUACUAUGUGGAGCUGAAAGAUUCAAAAGAUCCAGUAACAGCCACAAGUGGUAUUGCCAUGUACAGUCCACUAGUGUAUAAAGCAUCCCGCCGAUAUGAAGCCUGGCGAUUUCUCACCUACAUGCUUAUGCAUCAGGGAUAUAUGCAUAUCAUCUUCAAUAUGCUUUUCCAGCUUUUUUUUGGAAUUUCCUUGGAGAUAGUGCAUAAAGCCUGGAGAGUGUGUAUAGUCUAUCUUCUUGGUGUGAUUGCAGGUUCUCUUGCUCACUCUGUUACUGACCAUGCCGUGGGCCUUGUUGGUGCCAGUGGAGGGGUGUAUGCCAUUCUGGGAGCUCAUGUAGCAGCAAUAGUAACAAACUGGCGUGAAAUGAACUACAAGUGUAUGGAUCAAGAAGAACUGGAAGAUAACACUGUUAAGGGGAUUGGACGCAUCCUUUGUUCUGCUCCAGUGAAACUGGCCUUUCUUCUUUUUCUAGUGAUUCCUGACACAUCUCUGGCAGUAUACAGGCGCAUUGUGGAACCUGAGGCUCAAAAAGUUGGUGUGACAGCACACAUUGGGGGGUUCAUGGCAGGGCUCUUGCUGGGUAUACCUGUUUUGAAAAACAUAACACGCCACCCAUGGGAAACAACGUUGGGCUGGGUUACUUUGUCUGUUUACCUUGCCUUUGUUGCGUUUUGCUGUAUCUUUAAUGCUGCAUACACAGGGUAUCCACCAACAGAUUAUGAGGGUUGGUAAUGGAUCACAGUGGUGGUCUACCCUUCCCGAAGAUUAUUUUAAGACAUUGAAAAAUAUCAUACAUAAAUGGACAAAUUUCAUUUCUGUCUUGUUUUAAUUUGGAAAGGCUUUGCAAAAUGAGAAGAGAUAUAUUCAUGAUUUUUAGUUUCCUUUGUUUUUAUUGUCAACAUAAUCGGGACAUCAUAUUUGAAAUAAAUUUCAAGGUUUGUAACUCCAUAGAAGCAUUCAGCUUUUUAUAUUUUAUUCCCUUGAACAGAAGUUGCCUGGCUAGAUAAUUUUCAAAUUAACUGCUAUUCCAGUUGCUCAUUAGCAACACACACUCAGGCAUUACACUCAAGUACUGCUGAUAUUUCAGUAGCUGAGGACUGAGUUAAUGGCCAUGUUUUUAAGGAUUUGCUGUCACUAUGCAUUUGUUUUUACUCCAUUUUUUUAAACAAGUUACUUGUAGCUUUGACAAAAAAACUAUAUUGUUACCCUUGGCACAUACCCUGGAACUGAUAAAAGCAUGUUAAGACACUAAAGAAAGCCAAAGCAGAGAUUAAUGGAAGUUUUUCAUUAAUUAAAUCUGUUUAAAUUGUGGCACAAAUAAAGCAUUUAGGUUUUUUCUAAUAUAUGCAGCUAUGCAAAUACAGCGCAAUACAUUUUAUGCCUUAUUUGAUUUAUUUUUAGCUCAUAGAUAAAAUUUCUAUCACAAAAAAUUUUUAAUAGUUUGUUUAAGAGAGAAGGAAAGCAUUUUUGCUCAUCUUUGCACUAACGGGAUGUGAAAAAAAAUUUGAAAAUUGAAUUUUCCAGAAAAUUGCUGCUUUGUAGAUAUCUCCUUUUUCCUCCGUGAUAUUAGGAUUUAUCUCCCAAGCAAGCUCACUGCCUCCACACACAUUUUUUUCAUUAUGUAUACAAUUGCAAGAUAAUUUUAAAGUUAUGAUUUUACCGUCAAAAUGUUAUAUCAAAUUUAUUGCAUUUUGCAUGCAACUUACCUGAAAUGUGUUACUUUUGUCAAACGUGUCUGUCAUUACUUCAUCAUAUCUGCACUGGAGUCUUAAAUUUGCUAUUUGUACAACAGCCAAAAGUAGCAUUUCAUUUGCUAGUAAACAGCAUUACAAUUAAGCUGGCAUCACCAUGAUUGAUACGAGGUAUUUUUCAUUAAUGUCAUGCAUAUCAGAAAGGAGUAUAACUGUGGAUCACCCACAUAAAGGCAUUCUGAUUGCAUACAGCAUACAGUUUAUGCAGAGGUUAUCUUGAAAUCAGAACUGUUUAAUUCUGGUAUCUCACUCAUAUUUGUUUUUAAAAAAAAUAGAUUUUAAUGAUGAGGGGAUGCCAUUGCAAUUCAUCCUAUUGUCCUUUUAGCCUAAAAUUAUCAGUUUUAACACCAUUUUCAUAUUCUUUUCUUUGCAGUUUUAACUAAUUUCAGUGCAUUUUGCAGCUGUUUUGUUCAAACUUUCUGAUUUACUGGUUUUGUUGUGAUGGUGGUUUGCCGACACAUGACUGACCUGGCAAUCUUUUGAAGAUGAUUACAAAGAGCUCAGAGUUGUAAUUGCUGGCUCCAGGUAUUGUUUCAAGUUGGCAUGCAAUUAAUGCUGUCUGCCUGUCAAUGUAAUAGGAGUCAGUAUUUCAUAGUAAUUGCCCUCGGUAAAAAAUGUUACUUUAAUUUUCUCUUUUGUUCUAGAGAUGCUUGAAAUCUGUUUGUUUCUUUUUUUUUUAAAUUAGAUUUUUGAUUAUAUAAAUGAUAUUCACCAAUACUACUUUUUAUCUUUCAUUUUCAUGAUGGAGGAUGUCUUUGAUUUUUUUAUUUAAGUUACAAAUUAGAUUUAAGUUGCAGCUUACAUCCCAAAUCAUGAAGACACUAUAUACACUUAUUUUGGAUAUUAUUUCUCUAUGUACCUUUUUUAUGUAUAAACAAAUCUUGUUUCACUAUUAUUAUUUUACCUGGUAAGAUUCAGUGUUUAGUUUAGCAAGUUUCAGAAAUAACAGAUGCAUAUUCAUAUUAUUUGCUCAUGAAUAAAACAUCUAUUUGCCAUUAAGUGAAAUUCAAAAGGUAUCACUUUAGGUCACACUCCUGUGACAGUAUUAAUGAAUAAGGUAUUGUCAGAUCUUUUAUGAGAAACUGUUCCUUCAGGAAUCAAGAGGAAAAAAUUCUUAGGAAAUAUGUUGAUUUCAGCUGAUGGCUCAUUUACACAGUAUUUUUUGUUGUUUAUUGUUCCAUCAUCUUUGUCGUUCCUUUUUAUUGAUUAUUCUUUACUCUUUAUCUGCCAUUUGGGUAAAAUUAUUUUCCUGUUGAAGUUUCUUAUUGCUUUGUAACGUAUAUAUUCCAAGGAUUUUGUGAUUACUUUUGUUGCUCAGAUCGUAAUCAGUUUGUGUCUUUAUUUGUAUUGUUUAAAGCUAUCAUAUUUCUCAUCUUUGUAGAUUAGAAAAUUAACCUUUGCAUGACUGUAAGGUGGUUAUGCACUACAGUUCAAAAUAAUCUUUUUUUUAAUUUUAUGUAUCUUUUCUGAAUGCUAAUUCCUGACCACCAUAUAUAUAUUCAGUUUUCCUUCAAUAUAAAUUUUUUACAUUUCUUGACAUCAUCUUCAGGCAAAUUUAUCAAGGUAUACAUUAUUCUUUUAUUGUGAAGAUCUCACUGGUUUUAUUAUUGCUAUGUUUCUGUGUCUUGUAAAAUUCAUGAAAAAGGUUUAUUACAUGUACUAAUGAUUAUCAUGGUUAUUUUAUAUAUAUAUACAAGGUAUGUAGCAGAAUAAGGGAAGAAAAUGAUGCUGACUAUAGAAUUUAAAAAAGUGGAUUCAAGUGGCUCAUAAAUAAUUAACUGUGCCCAGAAUUUUAACUAUUUCUGUGGUCAUUUAAAAAAAUAUUUAACUGCAUUUAAUAAUUAAAUUGUAUAGCACCUUCCAGCACAACACAAUUGCAUGCAAGUGUUUGCGUCAACACACACUCUCUCUCAAUUGAUAAAUGUCUUUAAGUGAUUUAUUUAAAUAAUGGAAUAACUUAAAAAUCAUUUGAUACUGCAUUUUUGGACUUUAUUUUUAAUCUUGAUUUAUAGAAGUCUCAGUGCAUUCAGCAUCUGAAGAUUCAAUUAUUUUACUCGACGAAUAAUGAGACCAAGAUAUAUGUGUGUGUGGAUUACAGUAAUAAAGAGAUCACAUCAGGUAAAAUAAAUAAUAAAAAGACACACCUCUAAUAGAAUAAUACCAAAGAAGGCUUGUGCUGCCAUUAUCAGAAUGCAGAAUAAUCAAUAGGAAGUAAGUUUCAAUCAGGGUCCAUAUCACAGUAAUGAUGCUGUGUUCCCACACUGUGUGGUGUUUUCAUUGAUUUUAGGGAAUACUUUACAGUAUUGCUGGUGCAAUAACUAUGUGAAGGCAAUGAGUAUUUAUUUAUUCAUUGUUUUAUGAAAUGAACUAGGUGGCACCUAACUUUAAAUGUAUUUGAGCAAUUUGAUAAAUGGCAUUUUAAGUUGUUGCUGUCUGUGCUGACUGCUAAUCAUAAAGUGCUUUUGUUACUUGUUUAUUUCUGUCAUUUUUCUUUUUGUAAACAAAAUGAAACUUUGCUGUCUGCCUGUAAAUGGAUUGACUCUUCUUGCAAGAUAAAUGGUGGUGUUUUUUUUAAUCCUUAGUCUGUUUGAAUGUUGCUGUUUUGUUACUGUCCUGUUCAUGCUAGCAGAAAGCUGUAAUGGCCAUUCAUAAACUACACUUUAAAUAAUUUUUUAAAUAAUAAUUUUAACUGUACUAAUCACCAAUUUAAGUAUUUUACAUGACUCUUGUAAUAUAAGCUUAUGAUUUUAUUUUGCAUCAUAUCUUAUAUAUAUAUAUCAAAACACUUUUUAAAUAAAUUCUUUUUCAUGUUUCUACAACAAAUUUUUUAAUUGUGGACUUUUUAUCACUGUUAUCAAGCACUUUUUAAAGAUAUAUAUGUAUACAUUCUUUUGUCAUAGAAGGCAGCUGUUAUUUGUGCCUUACUUGCUGAAAUAUGUACGACUUCGCUAAACUUGUAAAACUGCACGUGUACUAAGAUAAUCCUUGCACUUUUUUGGAGUUGCUAAACUGGAGUUCAGCACACAAUAAUCUUUACAAAAACUUUAUCAGGGAUAUGCUGCGUAACAAUGCAGUAGGUGAUAAAGACAGUCAGUCGUGAAGCUGACACUGAUGUUACAGUCUUGCCCAUUUUCGUGAAGGCAACAGCAAAGUACAUGAGAUCAAAGUAUUGUUAUAAAGUUCAAAACAUCACCAAAUUUGGUUCAUUGGCUUCCAUUUUGGGUCAUUGUUGUUCCGUCACGUAUUACAUUUUAUGAUGUUGACAUCAGAGCUUCUUGCAUUUGAAAAUAAAGCAGUCAUCUUGUUUUUUUGGGGGGGUUUCUUUUGGUGUUUAAAAGUGCAGUUGCCUUCAGAUUUUUCUUACAAUGUUUUUUGGUGAAAUUAGAACAGAAAUACUACUGUUCGCAUGCACUGUGUGGCUUCAGCAUCUUGUUAAAAUCUAAAUAAACAAGAUAAUGCUCA